GAGCAGCGAUUCGCCAACGAUGACUUCGACGAUGUCUUCGGCUCUGCCCCUCCUUCGCCUUCCUGCUCGCACGAAAACACGGAUCUAGCACAAGAAACCAGAAUACGGAGCGGAAACCUCGAGCCUUCGGAUAUCCCACGAUUGAAAGAGAAGCAUGAGACAGAGGGAUACCGAGACGGCGUCACGAAGGGCAAGGCGGAGAGCGUCCAGAAGGGCUUUGAUGAGGGGUACAGUCUUGGUGCUGUCCUUGGACUGAGGAUUGGGAAGAUUCUGGGACUAUUGGAGGGGAUUUGUGGGGCGUUGAAAGGGGCUGGAGAGGUGUAUAAGGGGGAGGCAGAGAGGGUUGAGGGGUUAUUGGGGACGGCAAAGGGGGAGUUGGGCACAAAGAGUGUUUUUGGGAGGGAGUGGUGGGGCGAGGAUGGGGUUUGGAGAUUUGAUGUCCUGGGGGAGGGGGAUGGGAUGGAAGUGACGUUUCCGGAUGUUGCAGGGGCGCAUCCGUUGGUUUCUAAGUGGGAGAGUGUGAUUGAGGAGGAGGUUGAGAGGUGGGGAUUGGAUUUGGAUAUAAUGGAGGGGGAGCAUGCUGAG